AGCAUUGGCCGUAGCAAGGAACAAGAUGGGUUUGGCCAAUUUCGAUUUCAUGUUGUUUUCGCUUGCGUUUGCGUGCCACUCGGGAUCUGGGUUUCACUUUUGUGAUUGAAAAUGCCGUCAGUUUGCACGUUCACUGCUGGGCACUUGGGACUGGAUAGGUCGGACUGCGUGUGCUGAAUGAGAAAAUACGAGCGGCCUUCGUGCGAUCUUGGCAGUGUUGCAAAGAUAAACUGAAGAUGCCAGUAGCCACCAAGAGCCUUCACGUGGCCAACUCCUUUGAGGACCUGAUGAAACUAGUGGAUAGCGAUGAUGUCACCCUCAAGGAGAAGCACUGCAAAGGGAAGAAUCUACGAAUGCUAUGCACGAGCACGAAGAAAGUUCUGGAGGUAGCAGACAUGCACAAGAAUGACGGUGAUGAGGAGAGGUCAUUCUUUCUUUACAUGCGUUACUUCAGCAUGGUCGACUACAUCCGCACGCACAAAGACUACAAGAAGGGCAAGGAGACGUAUGACAAACUGAUGAUGCUGGAUCAGUGUGCAAGGGUGAUGGACACCAUGGAGCAGCAGAAGAGAAGCCUGCUGAAACGGUAUGCUAUCCUGAAGGAUGCCAAGGAGGCAGCGGCCAAGGAGCGCAAGGCUGAAGAGGCUGCAGCCGAGCUGAUGCUGAAGCCAUCUCCCCCACCACAGCCACCUCAGCCAUUAGAGCCAGCCAGUGAUGGCUCUCUCACAAAGUUACCAGCUGUUCCAGAUGUUAUCAAGCCAUUUGAGACGCAGCUGUCCUCAUUCAAGCUUUUAGAUAUGCUCCAGGACAAGGACACGAAAGUGUUAAUCAUGGACGCCAGGCCGAGACAAGACUUUCUUGACUCUCAUCUGAAGAGCAGCGACUGCAUCAACAUUCCCGAGGAGGUUCUCAAACCAGGAAUCAUAGCAGAGGAGUUGAGCAGGAGCAUACCCGUGGAGAGCGUUGAAUUAUUCGAGAAGCGCGACGUUGUUGAUUACGUUGUCCUCAUGGACUGGAAAAGUGCAGAUGUCCCAGAGGACAACCAGGCUCCUCUCAAGGUCCUCAAGGAUGCGAUAUACAAGUGGUCAACGCAAAAGGUGCUCAAGUGCGAACCUAUGGUUCUGACGAACGGCUAUGAGGACUGGCUGAUGCGCUAUCCCAUGCACACCACCAACGCCCACACCAAGGUCCCAGAGGCUGCCUCAGACCCUUUUGUCAGCAACUAUUCAAACAGCACAGAGGGUGUCUACUUUCCCGACCCAGACAACCUUUUUGAGGAGGCUAUAAGGAACAAGUCUCAGCAAGGCAAACCAUCCGGUCCAGCCUCCAACACAGCCGCUGUGUCGAUGCCACUUGUGGACCGUAGCAAAAAGCCCAGCCUCUCAAAUGGCCCUGUGCCAAACAGCACGGGCCCCAAGAUGGUUAAUGGUGGCAGUUUCAGUGUGCCAGACCCCACAGGAACCAAAGGUGGUGUGUUCCACCAGGUUGAUUCCACACCAAAGCCCCUGCCCGGUGGUCCGUUUGGUGGCCUCAGCCAGGAUACUGAAUCCGGGGAGACUGAGGCCACGUCCCUCGAGGGAAUCCGUCAGACAGAGAACCUGAAGCAGAAGAUUCUUGACCUCACAAAGGACCAGUUGGCCUCAGAGAAGGAGUUUGAGCUGCUGCGUGAACGGAAGGCACGCGAGGCGGAAGAGGAGCUUCGUCGCUCUGUCCAGGAGCGAGAGGAGGCUCUACAGGCACACGUCCGUCAGCUGGAGAAGGAGCGUGCCGAGGUCGAACAGAGGGUCACGGCUCUCACCAGGAGCAACGAGCAGUACGAACAGAAGUUGAAGGAAAAGGACAAGGAACUAAUACGCAUUAGACAGCUGAACGAAGAGCAGAGGAAAGCCGACAAGGAGGUUCACAAGCUCAGGGAGGAGCGGAAGCGCAGGGAGCAGCAGGAACGGGAGGAAGCACUCAAGGACUCGGGCAAGACCGUUGUGGACAAGGCGGCGGUGCCAUCUCCGCCAAGGUCACUGAAGCCCACUACCAACACUGCAGCCAACAACCUGAAGAGCCAAGGGACAACGGCCACCACUCCUGUGGAGAGGCCGCAGGGCGUGUCAAUGCGUAGCAACAACAACCUCUCCCGAUCGCGUUCUUUCCCCAACCUGUCCAUGGCCUCCGAGGAGUCUGCCUUGGAGUCCACGGGCCCAGCCACCACUGCUACAGCACCGCAGUUUGACCGCUCUCUUAAGCCAUCACAGAGCGUCGAGGCAAACACAGCUGUCAUAACUCACCAACACAGAGCAAGGGCCGGUGACGGGAUCAACCCCCGCAUGAGGAGCAACAGCCCAUCGUCUGGACGUGAGUUCAAGCGUUCAGCGGGGCUUCGCAACCUGGGCAACACGUGCUACAUGAACGCGACGCUCCAGUGCUUGGCCAACACCAUUCCUCUAGCUCUGCACUUCCUGUCUGACCGCUACAAGAAGGACAUCAACAGGGAGUCGCAUAGAAGCACUGGUGGUGAGGCGGCUCACGAGUUCAAGAGCCUGCUUUCUCAGAUGUACUACAACGAUAAGAGCGUCUCACCAAAAGGGUUUAAGAGCCUGAUGGGAAGGCUGUUCAAUGUCUAUGCUGGUUACGAGCAGCAAGAUGCCCACGAGUUUCUCCUUAACUUCAUUGACAAGCUCCACGAAGACCUCAACAAGGCUGUUAACCGCAAGGGUGCUCCUGCGCCUCUGCCGCCCGCGGAUGAAGCGAACUUGUCACUGAACGGGCGCAUCAACCGCUUCUGGUGCCAGCACUUGGACCGGCACCUGUCGGUGGUGUCAGACCUGUUCGAGGGCCUGCUGGUGUCGAACCUGACCUGCCUGGUGUGUCGAAAGUCAUCUAGCAGCUUUGAAGUGUUCUCCUGCCUGUCACUGCCUAUCCCAGCCGUCAGCGGGUCUGUCUGCUACCUUCAGGACUGCCUCAAGCUCUUCCUGGAAACUGAGAGCAUGUCGGGGGAGGCGGCAUGGGACUGUCCAACGUGCAAGCAGAAGCGCAAGGCAGAGAAACGCAUGAUCAUAGCCAGGCUGCCCAAGAUUCUCAUUGUACAGUUCAAUCGGUUCCGAUGUGAAACCGCGUGGCAGAGCAAGAAGCUGCAGACGUACGUGCACUUUCCGGUCAACAGCUUCGACAUGAACUGCUACGUGGACCACACCCGGGUUGACACCCAGCGCAGGCCACCGUACAAUUUGUACGCAUUCCUGAAUCACUAUGGUACGCUGGCUACUGGACACUAUAUUGCCUAUUGCCGUGCUGGCCUUGGAGGGCAGUGGUACAUGUACGACGAUGCAUCUGUAACGGAAGUUACUUUAUCUGAAUCUGAUAAAAGAAACGCAUACAUUCUUUUCUACACAUCGGUGGAUAUGCGGCAUCAGUUUGGUGCCCAAUCCUAAGGCUUGGAUUAGCAUAUUACUUAGAUCCCACGGAAAGUGAUAUUUGUUGGCAGCACAACAAUAAAUUUAUUUUACGUAUAGUAUUGUAUUUAGAACGUAACGCCACAGAAACAAGUAUGUAUAUGGAAGCCCUGCAAGGCCGUUACGAAGUAUGAUUUGAUGUACAUAAUGCAGAAAUUUUCUAUGUUUGGUUACCUGAUGCUUUUGUGAGAUGUGGCAUGCCUUGCUGUACAGAAUUAGUUUCUAUUAUUACAAAAGGCACAGGGUGAUCAUGUGUAGAUAUAUAAAUAUUGUAUAAUGUUGCCAUGGCUGCAAGCGAACCAGCAACAUAUGUAGUAAAUAAAGACGUUUUUAAAUUUU